CCUUGCGCACUUGUGUCCAGGUAUUUGCUCGAAGCACAUCCGAACCUUCGUCUCGAAUCCUCCUUUCCAGCGAACAUGGCAAGAAUCUCCCUCGCAUUCGGACUGCUGCUCGUGGUGACGCUGGCGGCGACAGCAGAGGCCGGCCCUUUCCCCGCAGGUCCUUCCCACGGGUCUAAGGACUGUCCGCAAAUCUGCACGUUUGAAUACAACCCUGUCUGUGGGAGUGACGGCCGGAGGUAUUCCAACCCUUGUCAGCUGGAGGUGGCCAAGUGCUCCAACCCCGGACUCAGAGAGACGCCAUGUUAAACGUAUCGAACAUGGAUCAAGCUGACUCCCAUUUAACUGUCGACGUUUUCUCUCUCUUUUCUUUCUCUGUUUCUCUCUCCAAUCCCUCCCCCCUUCCCCAGAUUCUCUCCCUCCCCCACAUACCCUAACUCGACUUCAAACUCUACCCAGCGCCGACUUCAAUCAACCCCACGUCUCGAAAAGGCACUUCAAGCAGUCUGAAAAAAGGAAUAAAUAGGUCACUAUAUAAAUCGAAAAAAUAAAAGGAAAAAAUAUGAAGAAAUGAACUGAGGCAAUCAUCUAUUUCCAACCCGGAUAUAAUGGAAGCCUUGUGUGAUAUUUCCCUAUUGUAGGCAUUAAAACGAAUUACGUUCUGAUAAUUAAACCGAUUGGAUUGUG